ACUAAACAAAUAAAGUAUGGAAGUUAUUAGGGCGCACUCUGACUCCCUGCUUUCUGCUAUUCUUGUCUCCCCGUCGGUCUGUCACCAUUUGCUCCUUGAUGCCCUGCUACCUUCGAAGCGUCGCUCGUCUAUCGGCUAUCAAUUCCUCCUUAUUCUCCCUGUUUUACUUCCAUAUUGAGCUCAACUCUAGGUUUUCCGCCGCUUGUUACCCUUUUCUAGCCUUUUUAGUGGUUCUGAGGUUCAUGUAAAUUUAGAGCAGGAGCAACCGAUUUCAGGGAAAAUAAAGGCUGAUGGAGUCAGUUUCUAGGUUCAGUAAGGUUUUUGAAGACGAAGACGACGAUGAUGAGGAGUACGGCAAGAGGGAAGGGUCUCCCAACAAAGGGUUGACUUUAAAGAUUGAUGGGAGGAGUAUUAAUCAGAAAGUUAGCACACCACGAUCAAAGCACUCUGCCACGGAGCAGAGACGUAGAAGUAAAAUAAAUGAUAGAUUUCAAAUACUUCGAGAACUUCUGCCGAAUAGUGAUCAGAAAAGAGAUAAAGCAUCGUUUCUUCUUGAGGUCAUUGAAUAUAUCCGUUUCUUGCAUGAGAAGGUACAGAAGUUCCAGUCAUUGUACCCUGGAUGGAGUGAUGAAAAUACCAAAUUUAUGACCUGGAACAAUCACCAAGAUUCUGGUGAUAACUUAGGUGCUGCUCCAAUCAUCAAGAACGGCUUUGCUCCUGGAUUUGUUUUAUCUGACAAUGGAAUUCCGGGUUCACUAAAUCCAAUAGAGUCUGAGUUAAUUACCAGUGUUUCUUACAAGAACUUGGAAACCCACUCUGAUUUUACAAAUAAGGUGGUUGCUUCUCUUUCUUCAUUGCAGCCAAGUUUGUACCCUGUAGGAAGGGAACCUGGGCUUGUCCACACUGACCAAACGCUGAUUACAGAAGCAGAUAACUUGGCAUCGCAGUCUCAAUGGAUGAGACCAUCAAGCCCUGGAGAUUGUGCAAUUAGCAAUGACAUAUUAAAUGAACACGAAGAACUGAGAGUUGAUGAAGGAACAAUUUCUGUGUCCUGUGCCUAUUCUCAAGGGCUUUUAAAUAAUAUAAGCGAAGCUUUACAGAACUCUGGUAUAGACCUUUCACAGGCAAGCAUAUCCGUGCAAAUUAAUUUGGGGAGGAAAGCAGGUGCUAGGAUUCCCAAGCCUUCCGUAAGUAUGGAAGCCAAAGGAUCAUGAAUGACCUUUCAUUUGGUAACUUUGCAAUAGUACUGUAAAGAGUAUCGAGCAGGGGCCGUCGAUGAAUCCGAAAGACGAAAGUCGUAGAAAUCAUGAGAUGGCCCUUUUUUGGUUAAUUUUGCAGAAUCAACUCUGAUUUUCCUUUGGGAUUCUAUCCAUGUGAGAAUUUCUCCCAUCCUUUGUCUUAGUUUAGUGUAUUAGAGUUUUCUAAUGUACUUUUAAUGUUUUCUCCACUGUAUUUACAGCGCCUGAUAAUCAUUU